AUGGCCAAGAAGCUCCCUGCUCCACCAUCCGAGUCAUCGCUGUCGACUGUUACCGAAAGCCUGAUCGAUCAGGUCGAAAGCAGCGUCGAGGUCAAGCCCACUGCGACCAGCAGGAAGCGCAAAGCAACGACCGAGACCAAAGUUCUGAAGCGCACCAAGACUCAGACUGAACAAGAUGUCGCUGAUGCAGUUGCUGCCCCACCAAAGAAGCAACGUGCGGUCAUGAAGGUGAAGGCUAACCACGCGGUUGAUGAUGUGGUUGAAGAAAAUGGUGACGGCGAGACCAAGCCCGCGAAGAAGAAAGCAGCCCGCACGAAAAAGCAGGAUGACAAGUCUCCCCUUGAAUUGCGGACGAAGAACAGUCCCCUGAUCGUUGGCGCUCAUGUCAGCACUGCAGGAGCUCUCACGCCAGAGGUUGCGAAUCUCUUCAUUGCAGGCUGCAAAGAGCACGGAAUCGACGCUGCAAAAUGCUGUCUGCCGCAUGGCUCCUACCUAGUCAACCUUGCCCAUCCGGAUCCAGCGCGGAAGAAGCAAGCUUUUGACUCCUUUCUAAACGACCUUGAGCGCUGCAAUACGCUGGGUAUCAAGCUCUAUAACUUCCACCCCGGCAACGCGAAUGCGACGACGCGCGAGGAGGGCAUUCGCCUCAUUGCACAGAAUAUCAACGAGGCGCACCAGGACAAAGCCAGCGGUGACGUUGUUGCCGUCCUCGAGACGAUGGCGUCGCUAGGCAACACCAUUGGCGGCACAUUCGCUGAUCUUGCUGAUAUUAUCAAGUUGGUUGAUGACAAGGCCCGCGUUGGCGUGUGCCUCGACACUUGCCACGUCUUCGCUGCGGGUUAUGACCUCCGAACUCCUGAGGCGUACGCUGCCACGAUGAAGGAGUUCGACGAUGUCAUUGGCCUGAAGUACCUCAAAGCCCUCCACAUGAACGACAGCAAGGCCCCGCUGUCCAGCUACCGCGAUCUACAUGCAAACAUCGGUACAGGUUUCCUCGGCCUAAGCUCAUUUCACAACAUUGUGAACGACAAGCGCCUUCACGGGCUUCCCAUGGUGCUUGAGACACCCGUAGACAGUGUCGAUGAGAAUGGCAAGAAGACCGACGACAAGGGUAUCUGGGCACGAGAGAUCAAGAUGCUCGAGAGCCUCGUUGGCAUGGAUAUCGAGUCAGAUGAGUUCAAGGAGCUGGAAACUAAGCUUCACGUUCAGGGUCAAGCUGAGCGCGACAAGGUCAAUGACCAGGUCGAGCGCAAGAAGAUAAAGGAUGCCAAAACUACCAAGCCAAGGGCCAAGAAGGCCACGACGACGACAGAGAGCAAGAAAGCAAAGCCCGGCAAGAGCAAAGCCAAGAAGAAGAAGGUCGAGAGCGAUGAAGAUGAAGACGAAGACGAGGGGGAGUGA